UAUACCCUCAAAACUGCACAAAUUAUUUCAUGGAUUCUGCACUUUGUCCCCAAUAUGGUGCUCUAUGCGGGCCUUCCACCAUGAAUGUGACUAGGGUGCCCAGGCUUCUUCCCAAUUUCAACAGCCGUUCUUCUCUUUCACUUUCUUCCUUGUGUUCCACACACCGUGCCGUGUCGGGGCAUGCCUUCAGCCCUGUGAUUUCUGCUCUUAACAAGCCCUCAACACCUUCAACAAAUGACAAAGAUGAUAAAAAGUUAAUUGUGAGAGGCAUGGGGGGUGCCUCUGUGGUUUUGGCCUGUGUCCUUGGCAUCAUGAGUUGCAACUACAAGUUCACCCCCAGAGCCCUUGCAGAUGCUGGAAAGCAAGGCAUAGUGUAUCCGGAAAGCGCCAAGGACGUGUUACAAUCCUUGUUAAUGGUAAAUCAGAACGUUGCCUCAUCUAAAUACAAGUAUUUCCCAAAGAAGCUCAAGCUGCCUCCAGAGCCUUCCAAAAUAGAUUGUGACCAUCUUAAGGUUCAAGCAGCAGGGCUGAUCAAAGCUGGAAAGGGUGAUGAAGCAGAAAGACAACUAAAAAAUAUAUACAAUGACGUGGUGACGGGACAAAAAAGCGAGUCUGCAUACCAUGUGCAGAUGGCACUGGUAGCAAUUCUCAUUUUCCAGGGGAAGUACCAAGAAGCUUUGAAUUGGGUUUGUCACAACAAGGAUCAGGCUAUUACAUCGGAUGGUCGGGUUCAUCUAUACAAGGCUAUUAUAUGUACUAUGUUGGAUAAAAAUAAAGAAGCCAAGGAAUGCUGGAAAACAUUCAUCCGCUCUCUUGACAAUGAGGGUUUGCCAAAUCCAAUGUCGACGCUAGAGCCUAACAAGUCUAAGCGUAAGUAGCACAGCAAUCGGAUCAAGAUAUGAAAGGUGCCUUCACCAAUUAGACGGCCUGAUAUUCAUACUUUUUAUUUUAUUUUUUUAUAUUUUUAAAUCUUGUUUUUUUAAUUGAGAGAUUAU